CUCCCCCUUGCUGCGAGUUUGUCAAAUAUGGCUUCCAUUCCCAUAAGAGACGUUAUCUCUCGAUGUGUUGGUGUGUCAACUACUAACACACUGUUGAGUAUUUUGGACUGUGCUGUGCGUAUGACGAUUAGUUAAUCAACCAUCUGAUGUCCGCUAGAGUCUCUUGGUGAAAAAAACCAGGACAUUUAACAAAAGAGAACACAUCCGGAGCAGUUAAGCAGGUAUUCAUCUUUACUUUGCUGCUGAUGGAAUUCGCUGUUAACUUAAGGACACAAAACUCUUGGUGGGUUGAACCAUUAUUGAAACUGCCACUAUUAUUGAUCUGCUGAAAGUUUACGGAGAACUUUGUACUCGUGGUACAGACAUUUUUCAAAGAUGGCGUCGCUAUUAGUGACACUAGUUAGUUUGGCGCAGGCCGGCUUACUAGUAACGGCGCAAGAUGGUGUUAACACUGCACCAAUCACUACGUUUCGUACGACAACGCCAGCAAGACAGAGUACCCAUUAUUAUGGUACGACAACAACGAUUAAAACAGAUCCGGGUACCUAUCAAUACACAACGGCCAUGCAACCGCCUCAAACAGGAACAGGCAAUGGGUUUGCGGAGACUACAAGGACUCCCACUGAGGAUAAUCCAGAAGAAAUCUUUAACGAAAAAUGCUCUCAGCAAGCCACCAUCUCUCAGUACUGCGUGCUUCCCCAAGAACUGAAGGACUUUCUUAGCCCAGAUGCGACCCUGACAGACAUUGGUGCGUAUAUGUUCUCAGAGGACAUCGUCGGCAGCUUGAUAUCCGAAUGUAAAGCAGGAGAAUACUGUCUCAAUUCGGAAACCUCCGAGGCUCUGCUCGAGGAAAAGCUCACCUUCUGGACAAAUGCUUCCGACUUUGAUAUGUUGUGUUGGCCAGAUCUCUCUAUUUGCUUGGAUUAUAUUUCUGAUUUCUACUUCGACUGUGAAAUUUACGAGACGUACAACUUGGUGACAGACAUGAAUACUCUGCUGUGUAAAAUGAAGGAAGAACCCAAAGCUUCCCCGGAAUGCAUCAAAGAGACCAUCAAAUCCCUUCACGUCUCUUUAGCCGACUCAAAAAGGAGCUUUGAGGAGUUGGAAGCCUCUUCUCUGGGCCCAGAGUGUGAUUCUAGAAAGAGCAGGAUGGCUAAAAAUUUCCUUUGUACGGCGGCAAUGUGUGACAAAUACAGCGCUGUCUUGUACGAAUUCCAUCCCUGGAAAUGGAUAAGUGACUCUAUUGAGGAUCUGAAGAGCGACUGUUCUCUGGAGAGCCUGGAAUGUGUCAGUCGGGCCAAUGAAGAAACGAUGGAUGACAUUCUCUCCUCCAUGAUUAAAGACGAAGAAAAGGUGUAUGAGAAAAAUUGGAUGUUGGAGACGUUUGACAUGCGCGCAGUCAUUGUUAUCGCCAUCGUGUCUGUAGCCGCAUUGGGAGCUCUCUCGCUGGUCAUCCUGACUGUCUGGCGAAAGAGGAAGAUGCGCGUGCGUGUGCGGGACGGUAUGGAGUAUCUAGAGAUCAAACCGGAAGAGACGGAUGCUUUCCUGGAAGGUCUUGAUGAGAUCGGAGACACAACAAAGCUAGUCCCAAACCACUAGUAUGUGAUCAGUAAGGGACAGAUCAGUCAGUCGCACGGAUGACUAUUUUUGCCUGAAGGCUGUUUGCAGAGAUUAUUGUUGAGUUGCAAAUUUGUGCAACAGGAAUGCACUUUGUCGUGGUAACAGUCAGUCUGUUGGUGAAUAUUUCAUGUACCAGGAUGUUAUAGAAAUCGGUUUGUGUAUCGAUCUAGAGCAUUUUGAAAAGGAAAUGUGGAUCGUUUGUGUAAAACCUUAAAAGAGUGGCCUUAUUUCCAAAACAUAAAGUUCAAUUUCACACAUGUGUCUCCGCUCCUCGGCUGUUUUCCAACGUUUUGAUUUGACAUUUAACAGAAACGUAAAUACGUUAUUUGUCUUUCAUGUUACACUUUAGUUAAAUGGAACGAAUUCUCGCUUUGUAUAUGUACCAUUAUAUAUUAUAUAAUAAUUAUUAUUAUCAUCUUUAUAUUAUGUACCAUUUUCUUUAUCGCCAUGUCAGUUGACAUUACGCUUAGCCUUUUGUAUUGUUUGUAAAGUAUGUAGCGUCAAGUUAUACCUUUGUGAAAUUAUUUGGAUAUCGGCACAUGGGAUUUCAUGAAUAAUGUUUUUGAAGCGAUAUUACUAGGCUUAAAACUUUUUUGACUUUAUAUAACGAUUCGGUCUUUGGAGAUGUUGAAAGUAUAAAUUAUCCCAUUAGUUGUCUCACAACUGGACCACUGGGGACGAUUCCACCAAGCGAUGUUUGACUUAAGUCAAAACCUUAAACACUGCGUAGUUUAUGGCCUAGAAGAAGUUCAAUUUGUGACAUAUUCAUCGGGGCAUACCAGUUUUACGUGUUCAAAAUUUAACUCCUGAUGUACAAAAAUAAGUAUUUAAUUCAAAUUUUACAUUUGUACCUAAUUAGUUAGCUGGUUUUGUGGAACAUGUCCCUGGACAAAUGUUCCAUAAGUACAGCGAAAAAGAUCUAGUAAAAUAAGUACAAUUUCAGGAGUGACUUCUAAUAAUUCUAAUAAAAUCGUUUUGUUUUUAUAGUGAGAUUUAGCAGUUCAUUUAACAUUGGAUGGUUGUGUUAUAUUUUUCUCAGUUAAGGAUAAAUAAUGUAUUAUCGUGAAAUCUAUGAUUAUGUAAAGCUUUUCACCUCGGACACUUCGUACUUCCCCAGUUUAUUAAAAAAAACUUCUUCACAGAACAACGGGCUUAUGUAAGAAAUCCUGUACAAUAUAUGACUGUAGAAUCUAUAAUCUGGCAUACAGUUGCCUAAGGAGGUUUUUCUUGCCUCAAAUGUUUCAUUAAGGGAUGUUUUUUUUCCUGUAUAAGUAGAAUUUAUUU